CCCGGGACCCCCCCUGCAGCACCGCGGGCGGCUCUCGCCCCUCGGGAGGGCAGAUGCUGUUGCUGGUGUGCCCGCUCCUGCCGGUGUUGAUGACGUUCAGGGGUCCUUCCCGCGGGAGGACUGUGGGCCCCGGCCGUGCAGGCGGCCGCUGUCCCGAGGGGACGCCCUACAGCCGCGGGGCUGUUGUUGGCGGCGGCCCGGGGACUCCGGUGGGGAGGAGGGCGAGCGGCGGGGUCGAUGCUAUCGGCAGCGAUGGGGCGGUGCCAUCGCGUGACCCACCGCCGUGAGCGGUUGGGCCGGGCCGGGCCGGGCCGCGGUCCCGCGGCCUCGAGAUCCUCUCAGGGACCGUUCCGGGCUGGGCCGCGACACCGCGGGGACAGCAGCGCUGCGCAGAUUUGGCAUAGACAACACUGCAGGAAGAAAAUGACCCACUGGUUCCAUCGCAAUCCUCUGAAGGCUACAGCUCCCAUUUCAUUUAAUUAUUAUGGGGUAACCACCACUCCAGCGGCAACGAAGGUUUGCAAUGACUUGCGGUUGUCUCGAACACAGCUAUUGGAGCUGUUUACAGACUCAAGUUGUAAUCCAGAAAUUAUGAAGAAUGCAGCUGACUUGUACUUCUCACUCCUGCAAGGUUUUAUCCUUUCACUGGAUGACUCUUCCCAAGAAUGUAAAUUGAGAUAUAUUCAGAAUUUCAAGUGGACAGACACAUUACAAGGACAAGUCCCGAGUGCCCAGCAGGAUGCAGUGUUUGAACUGAUUUCCAUGGGAUUCAAUGUAGCUCUAUGGUACACAAAAUAUGCAUCAAGACUUGCUGGAAAAGAAGAUAUAACAGAAGAUGAAGCAAAAGAUGUUCACCGCAGCCUGAAGAUAGCAGCUGGGAUUUUUAAACACCUGAAGGAAAGCCACAUUCCAAAAUUGAUUACACCUGUGGAAAAGGGAAGAGAUUUAGAAGCUCGACUUAUAGACUCCUACAUCAUACAGUGUCAAGCUGAAGCUCAAGAAGUCACAAUUGCUCGGGCUAUUGAGCUGAAACACAAUCCAGGCCUAAUAGCUGCUCUUGCUUAUGAAACAGCCAACUUCUACCAAAAAGCUGAUCAAACAUUAUCCAGUUUGGAUCCAGCCUAUGCAGGUAAAUGGAGGAAGUACUUAAACUUGAAGAGCUGUUUCUAUAUGGCCUACGCAUACUGUUACCAUGGCCAGACUUUGCUGGCAAGUGAUAAAUGUGGGGAAGCAAUAAGAUCUCUGCAGGAAUCAGAAAAAUUUUUUGCCAGGGCUGAAGCAUUGUGCAAAGAAUAUGGAGAAACCAAAGGGCCUGGGACUACUGCCAAACCUUCUGGACAUCUUUUCUUUAGGAAAUUAGGAAGUUUGAUUAAGAACACAUUAGAAAAAUGCCAGAGAGAGAAUGGAUUUAUCUAUUUCCAGAAGGUGCCAGCAGAGGCUCCCCAGCUGGAAUUGAAAGCAAACUAUGGCUUAGUAGAGCCUGUUCCUUUUGAGUUUCCUGCUUUGAAUGCACACUGGACUCCUGAAGCAGUUGCAGCAUUUGAUCUCACAAAGAGGCCAAAGGAGGAUGCUGCUAAACCAAAACCAGAUGAAGAAGUAAAACCUCUGAAGGAACCAAAUAUAAAGCCUCAAAAAGACAGUGGAUGCCAGAUUUCUUAAAUGCCAUAAGUGCUUUGAAUUUGCUUUGAAACUCUAUUCAUAGGACUCUGGGGCUUUCAUUCUGAUCUCCUUUUUUUGAUUCUCCUCUUUUCAUUUACAAGGCUAAUUUAGUUUAUCUUUGUUAAUAUGUGUCUAUCUUGCUUUAGAUUGUGGUGGAUUUCUAGGAGGUUAUUUAUAUCUGACUUGCUUUUGGUUUCAAUGGGAUAUCAUAGAAUGAGUGGGCUUAAAUGUUCCUAUUGUGCCUCUAGGGAGUUGCUUUUUGUGGGUUUAGUUUUACCCACAAAUAGCGAAGGAAGUAUGAUUGUAAUGCUUGAGGGUUUUUCCAUUACCUUGUAUGCUGUAUCAUGUCCAAUUCUGCAAACAGAAGUUUGCAUGAACAGUUAUAUCUAUUCAAGUUUUGUCAUUCAGGCUUAGGACCCUAUUGUGUUCGAAUUCACCUAAUUGUAGUGAGGGAAGAAAAUCUGGGUUUGGUUUAUAACAGUCCUAUGAUAUUUCGCAGGACUUGCACAGAACUUGGGAAACCUCAAAUUCUGCAUAACAGGAGUACAAUUUAUGUUCUGAAACUAUUAGUCUCUGUUCUUUCCUCUAUAGAUUAGGGUUUUUAUAUCAGAAUUUGUAAUAAGGUACCUUAGCUUUGUCUGUCCUUUAAUCCAAAUCCCUUAGUAUCAAAGUGUAUCUGAAAGUGAUGCAGCAAGCAAUAUGGAAGUGCUUUAAAGGAAAGCAUCCCUGUGUCGUUUGUUCAGAGUUUUUGAAUCUUCAAAGCUUUGUUAAGUUUGAAGGCUGCAAACAGUUCUAACCCCCUACACUGGAAUUCCUGAAGCUGUCAUGCUAAGGUAAUGGAUUUGGAAGUAAGUUGCUGUAUUUCCAGAUGGGUGGUGUCUAUAAUAAGCUGUCAGGAAAACAGGAAGGAAAGACAAGCUGAAGAGCUGAUAGCACAGCUGGGAAGCCAAGCUCUAGAUUUUCUUUAUGCCCUGUGUGUAAACAGUGCUGCUUCUCAGGUUUUACAGUAUUGCUCUAAAAUCAGCUCUUUCUGAAGAAAACUUGUGAGAAACCAAGCCCUGUCAAGGCUAAGAAAGAGUGGAUUUUGUAGAACUUGCUGCUUCCAUUUCUGCCUGCUGUGGAAAACGUGACAGCAUUCUUUAGUGCUGAGCACUGCAAAACGCCCUUGACAACAAAGAACAUCUUUCUGAUUUGUUGCAAAUGCAUGCGUUGAAGUGAGAGCCUUGCAAUCCCUGGGUACCAGUUGCUGCACUUCUCUUGGCCUGAGAAAGAAACUGAGUAGCCUGACAAUGUUCACUCUUCCAGCAAACAUGAUGGCAGAUGCACUUACCGUGAUGUAAACUGUAAACACAUUCCUCAUUUGGUACUCUUUGUUCACCUUACACUGUGCUGUGAUUCAGUGCUUCUAAAAUCUUUAACGAGGCUUGGAGACACAGCUCAGAGAGUACGUGUGUAACUCCUUGAAGGCUUGUGAAACAAAAGCUGCCAAGGAGGUUAAUAGGGAACUCAAGACUCUUCCUAAGAUACUGGCCCAAAUUACAAAAUAUGUUGAUGCAAAAGGAAAAGAGACUUUUAAUGCUGGAUAUUAUGGGUUGAUCAAAUGCAGACCUCCUUGCUUCCCAUGAUGGAUUUUUCUUUCUGUCAGUUCUGCACAUAAAACUAAGUGUAAAGUGAGCUGAAUUUCUUUGGAAGAAGUUUCUGUUCUGCAGGGGCCUAGAGGAUAAUGAGUAUCAAGAAGAAUACAUACCUGAAAUGGCUCCAUUUCUUCUGGUGCUGCACAGGGACUUGGUGUAUGUUUAAUGAAGAGUUACUCAAAUCUAUUCCUAACUUGAUCAGCUGAUUCAUUGCAUUGUUAAAAUACCAGCUUAGGUUUUGCCAGAGUAGAGUGUGGAGUUAGUUUUCUUACAUAGAUUUUAAUUCUACAAAUGUAUUCCAGCUGUAGUCAUCAACAUUUGCUCAGCCUGCCCCCUUUAAGGAUCAAGAUACAAUCACAAUUUUUUUAGCUACUCAUUGUUUUUCGGAAUUCUGUGUCAAUAUAUACACAUCUCAACUGAAUUAGUUUUCUUUCUGUGCAGACUAGAUCCCAUUUUCUCUCCUCCCCUCAUUUUCCCUUCUAUCUGCUACAAACUGUGGCACAGACUCACCCUCGUUUGCUAAUGUACUUGUAGGUCCUGGGACUCAUUUCCAAUGCAGUUUUUACCCAUGGGUGGGUUCCUGUAGAGUAAUAUCUUAAAAUCAAAUUAACAAAUCAUGACUAAAUCAUUCAAACAUCUUGGAAGGAAAGAUUAUUUUAUGGACUUGGAAUUCUUUGGACACUUUCUCAAACUGAGCUGUUUGUCUGAAUCAAAUUCACUGUAAAUAGUUUGGGGCAUAACCAAGUGAAUUGUGUCAGAUGAUGACAUUACUUAAACCUAGCUGUAUAACUUCUUGUGCCAUAGCUGUUUCAGUAAAUAUGAUGUAGUAGUUUAACAAUAGAAUAGUGGAACAAAUUAAUUAACAUGUGUUGCUUUUCAAGACAAACUUUAUUUACUUGUAGCUGAAAUCCUGUGGCAAACAUUGGAUGGUUUUGCCAAAAAAUAAGCUGGAAACUGUUAAGUUUGCAAAGGAGAGAGAGUUGUGAGGCAAUGAGCAGCUUUCUCUUCUGGUUUUCUUGGGUAGUAGCAGGAAUUACUAUAAAUAGGAUAUAGAUUAACUGUCCAAUAUGCUUAAGAAUAUGAGUGAAUGAACUGAGAGUUUCAGUGAAUCUGGAAACCCAGCAGCCAUGUUCCUUCUCUUAUAGCUCCCUGUAGUAAUAUUUAAGAGUGAGGUUUUUUGAGUCGUGACUUUUUAAUAUUCUAAUGCUGCAAGAGCCUGGUUUUGUGGCCUCUCUCUGGUUUUAGAGGCUCUCAUGGCUAAGCCUGCAAAUCUUGUUGGUGUAAAUAAUCUUUAAAAAGUUGUGCCCCAUCUGAAGCAGGACAGAACUGCAGCUGAAUAAAAUAUGGAGUGCUGGGCCCUCUGUUUUGUGUUUUAAGAAAAGCAGUGCUUGUCUUUAAUCUACUGUAAAACCAAACCAUUAAGCUCUUUGUAGGAUUUCUAUUUAAAUACCUUCCUCCAUGUAUUUAAAUACACUUCCUUCAUGUUUCAUGUUCCUGAGUUUUCAGUAGUUACUCUCUAUCCAGCAUAUGACACAUGUACAGCUGAGGGACUAAACCUGGCCCUUGGAUGCUAAUGUCUGCCUCUCUCUGGAUUUGGUAGAGGAGUUUUGCCUGUCAGCCUAGGGAUGGUGUUUGGUCACUUGGAUGUUCAGCAUGGAGCCGUGGUGUGUCUGUAACAAUGAUAGUCAUUUGUACAGCAAGCAGGAAAAUGGAUCCCUGUGUCUGUGUAGAAUAGAGACAACUUUGCACUUCAGAAUUUUCUUGUCUUGCAAAUUUAGUACAGUACAAUAUGCUUGUAAAUACUCCUUCCUGUCAUUUUGUUGCACUGAUUUCAGUACUGUGCUAUGGGUAAGGUUUUAAUGGGAAACAUUACUAAAAUGUAUUUUUAAUUGUCUGUGUGUAAAACAAACUCCUAUCUCUGCCUUUAGUAUUGGGGAACAUGAGAGGAGGCACUAGCUCAUCUGUCUUCCAUGGGAAUUCCAAAAGGUGAAGACUUUCUGUCUGUUGGCUGCAGGGUGAAACAUUUCAUCCCACCCCUGUGUCUGGUAUCUAAACUGAAGUUUCAGCAUUAACAUAAAUCCUAUUCAUGCCUAUGAAUUAUCUCUAAAAAGAUUCUGUCUCUAAAGAUCACUCUUAAAUUACCAUAGUAGCAUAAGUUGCUUUUUUUUUUUCCUUUUUCUGUUUUUUCCCUGUCACUGGCCCAGCUGAGGGAGGAAUAAAGCACAGUGAGUAAGACUGACAUGGAAAAGCUCCUGCAGUGUGUACCUAUCUCGAAGUUGUGAGUGCAGUGUAAAGGCCUUUCCACAGUGACCCUUGGCUUGUCUCAGACCUUUCCCUGCUGGUGAUGCUCUCAAAUUCAGCAAAGGUCCCAUGGCAACCCAGGGUACACUUGAUUAGCUUUUUAUGUAGGAAGGCCUCCCUCCUUUGGUGUUGGUGCCUUCAUGGCUUACAAGCGUCCAGAAGCCAUCCUGUACUCUGAGUAAUCCCACUUCAAUGGAAUCAGCUCUCAGAUCACUGACCGAGCAGCCUUACUUUGUGAAGACAGUCACCAUGCAAUCUUAACCUUCAUAGUUGUAAAAUUUGUAUAUAGCCACGAAUUUCAGAAUACCAUUUAAAAUAAACCAUCUUCAAAUAC